AUGCCCUUUCUGCGUCGCGAAGCUGCUGCUGCUGCUGCUGCCUUUCGCGCGCUGCAGGCGCUGCCCGCAGACCUGCACGCCGAGGCCGUGCAGAGCAGCAGCAGCAGCGCAGCAGCAGCGCCAGCAGCAGCAGCAGCAGCAGCGCCAGCAGCAGCAGCAGCAGCAGCAGCAGCAGCAGCAGCAGCAGCAGAAGAAGACUGGAGCGCGUACGCGCAGCAGCAGUUCCCGGAAGCUCUGGCUUUUCACAGGGUUUACCGGCAGCAGCUGCUGCAGAGCCUCAGCAGCAAAGAGCAGCAGCAGCAGCAAAUCUUUUCGAAUUUAAUUUAUAUUCGAUUUCCCCACUCCGAGCUGAAGCAGCAGCAGCAGCAGCUCUUCUGGGCCCCGGAGAGUCUCGCGGCUUCGCGCCAGCAGCAGCAGGCAAAAAGCGCCAGAAAACGCAAACCCUAA